AUUUUGGUUUGUAACACUGCAGACAAAAUUAUUGAUAACUCAAAAUUUUAGAAAAAAAUUGAGAAAUGAGAAUGAGAGAUUGAAGUACUUUGGAAUUUGGUGGAUUAUUUUGAUCAGUAUUUCAAUUGUUCAAGUAUCUAGCUGUAGUCUUUCCAGUGCCGAAUUAUUUCAUAGCUAUCAACGACCAUGGGCGACGAAGAAGUAAUCAAACGACGUUUACUAAUAGAUGGAGAUGGAACCGGAGACGACAGAAGAUUAACAUUUGUGCUGAAAACUUUCGUAAAAUGGUGUAAUUCUGAUAACGAAUCACCUCGUGAUGAUAAAAUAAUUCAAGAACGAUUGCUCAGUCAGCUAUCUCAAUGCGAAUAUGUGUUCGAAAAAUCACGUAUCUCUUCCAAAAUGAACGAAACCGAAUUGAACAAUCAUGGAAAAUCAGCCGACGAAAUAAAGAAAGACAUAGAGAAAACUAAGCUAGAAAUUCAAAAAGCGAAAGAAGACUUGCAAAAAGCUAAAAUUUAUCGUAAGAAUCGUAUCGAGUACGAAGUUAUCGCCAAUGUUAUUGACAAACAACCAGAAAGAAAAGAAAUGAACGAAAAACUGGUUGCCAUCAAGAAAGAGUUGACUUCACUCGAAGAAACGAAACAACAGCUAGAUAAGAAACUUGAAAUGAGAAGAAAACACUUCCAUGUUUUGGUGGCUUCCCUAAACCAGUUGCAAGCAUUACUCGACUAUGAAGAGAAGAAUGGAGAAAGUGCCCAUAUUAAUAUAUCCGACGAUGAAAUGGAUUUACCUGAAAUGAUGGAAGAUGAUUGAUUUUUUAACUCAAAUUUUGUAUAUGUAAGAUAAAUUUUAAGGAGCAAAUGGCUGUUGAUUUUAUAACUUUUUUUUUUUUUUUUUUUUGUAGUCAAAAUUGCUCAAUUUGUAUUUGUAAUGAGAUAAGUAAUUUAAUAUGAAAAUAAUACACAUAAUUUAUUGCGGGUA